GCAUGUGGUGUAUUGUUAAUGUUUUUUUUAUAUUUGCGUUAAUACAAAUUUGUUGGUCUUGCUUCAAAAAGUCACUCUAGAUUUGUAUCCAGGGAACUAUUUCAUGAACCGACAACUCAGGUUGAAGGAGACGGGCGACGUCGACAGACGCUUCACGGCGUAACCGACGUCAUCACGGCAACGUCAGACCCUAGUUGUUUUAGCACUUCCGUAUUUUUCUUGUUACACACACACACACACAUUUGGGAAGUAGUCUCAGAUUCUAAAAUGCAUGACAAUAAAACGACUGAUUAUUAGACGCGGAAUUGAUUUUUCCUACUGAAGAAAAAAAACGUCACCGAAACACUUUAGCCAAUCAGAAUGCAGUGGCGUUUUAAAUGUCCUUUAGCCUUUCCACAUAGGCGGUUGUUUUUCGCUCGGUUUCUGCGGCAUGCUCAAUCCCCGCCCCUUUGUGUCAGCCACGCUGUGAUUGGUCCAUGCUCCGUGUACUCCAGAAUUCCUUGGAAGAGUCUCUCAAUUCUUCUGUCGACCAAGAACAAGCUGAAUCAGAUGGGAACCGAGGAGAGAGAUUGGGUGGAUGUGGCCAAUGAUCUCAUCUGUAAGUGUCACAUUAAUCUGAGAAUACAGAGGCUCACAGAGUGCGAUGCCAGUGUGUUUGUGGCCUUAUAUGAAGCCAUCUUAGGAGAAAAAGUACCAGAUUACAUCGCUGCGCCCAAGAGCCAAGAGGAUGACAUCCACAAUGUACAAUCUGUGAUUGACUCACUGGCCUUGGACUAUCUCCAGAUCAGCUUAUCUCACAUCACAGGUGAGAACAUUGUAAGAGGAGAUAAGGAUUCCAUCCGUAACCUUCUGGAGAUCUUCGACGGGCUGCUGGAGUAUCUCACAGAGCAGCUCAGUGAGGAAGAAGAGCUCCAGAAUGGAGAGCUCAAUGGUACGGUCCAUCCCGCAGAAGCACAGGAUAAAGAAGAGAAGAUGUCGCAAAUCUCAAGCACACACUCUACUGCCCAGUCCAGUAAAUAUUCCCUCCAUUCCUGGAAUGGGGGCGAAUCUGAGUCAACCGCCGAGCUGAUCCGGUUGGGCGAUUCAGCCCGUACAUUCACCACAAAGCAAGAAGGUGCACUACACUCACAAACCCUGCCCUCGGUCAUUUCGACUGAAAAAGCUCCCAAUGACCUCGACCCACCCGCAGCUCAACCCCCUCAGCAACUCGAAACAGUCCACUCAGCCAUUCCUCUGCAGCCUCCCAAACAGACCACUCCACAUCGGGUGGGGAGACCCCCAUCAUCUCCACCUCCUGCAGAGGAUAAUGGGGGACAUGCCGAGGGGACAAACAAACAGAAUGGUCAAUCACCGAAGUGUAACGGCGUCCAGACUAACGGGAUUCACACUUCUGCAGAAAGCGAGCAGUCUGUGCAGAGUCUGAAAGAGACACAGCCCGAGGCUCCCAAAGCACAAGUGGAGGGUGGUAGUGAGGGAGCACGGCGUGUCCUGUUCCCAACUCAGCCGGACGUGCUGCUCCUGUCCCUCCCACGUGAACACAUCCAGAAAGAAGACGUGCACACACAUGCCCGAGCAGAAGAGGUGCAGAGCGAUGAAGAACGGCUCCACAGCUCCGAUUCAUCCUCUGGAAGACGGAGGGGCUACAGGAGUAGGAGGCUGGCGGAGGAGAGCGAGGACCCGUUAUCCAGACGCAGUCAGAAGAACAGACAGGCCGAGCAGGAGCUACACGAGAUGUCUGAGAAUCUCGCUCGCCGCCUCGAGGAGCUCGAUCUAAUGCUGAAAAGGGCUCUGGGGGAGACGGCAGACGAUUCAAAGCCUGCCGAUGAGGACAAACACUCCCACCACAGUGACAGUGUCAUGGAGUGCAGGCGUGUCCCCAGACCUGCAGAUAAGGCCAGCGUGGACAGACCUCCUCACACACGCUCCCUGUCUCCUUCUCCUCCUCCUGUACGUCAUUCAAGUCAGAGCAUGCUAGAGGGCGCUCCGUUCACACACACGCGCCAACACACGGCCCGGCGGAGGCACGACAAGCUUCGACACAUUCAGGACCAGCACAGAAAAGGCCAGAUGGUGGCUGAAGCUUAUGAGGCAGAGCUGAAAAAUUUGGAUGAGCAGCAGAAAGUAGACUUGGCAAUCGAGAGACUGCGAGCUCAAGAAGCUGAGCGGGAGUACAGGGAGGCCAUAAACAAAGAAGCAUCACGCUCGUUGAAAUCUUAUAACCACAGAUCUAAAUCCACGCUCUCAAGCAAGAGUCCCCACUCCAAAGCUGCAGCUCCCAUGCGACCGCGUGCCCAGACCCGCAAAACUGCCCCACUGCGGGUGAAGGAGAACGAAUUGUUGCCAGCUCUGUUGGACGACUUCCCUCCCCUGCAGUUCUCUCCUCACGCUCUGUCCCGCAUGUGGAAGCAGCAGCUCCGGCAAGUCGACCAGCUCAGUGCUCUGGACAACCAGCACAAGCACACACGCAAACACACCAACCAGUUAGAGGAAGCCCAGAAGAGGCAUGACCUGCUCAUGGAUAUCCUCCGUAAAGAACAGGAGCACAAUCGUCGCCUAAAGGAUUUCAGAGAGAGAAUCCAGCAACAAAGGUCUUCGCAGAAUAAGCUGCGGGAGCAGAGGCAGCAGGUGGCCCGCGCCCGCAAAUACCACAGCGAUUACCACGUGCAGCUGCGUGCCCGACUCCUCCGAGCCCGCACACGAGAGGAGAGGAUGUUUCGGCAGGUGUUUGAGGAGGGUCUGGAGCUGCAGAAGGCCCAACUGAGGGAACAGCGUGCGCACGCUAAAGAACAGCGUCGGGAGCACGUUCGCAAACACAAAGACGAGAUUGAGGCCAUGGAGAACUACUACAAGGACCAGUUUUCCAUGCUGGCCGAAAGACUUGCCCUGGAGCGUCAGGAGAUCCAGGUGCGAAAGAAAGCCCAGGAAAAGGCUCUGCACAAGAUGAAACGGGAGCUGAGGAGCAAGAUGGAGCGAGAGAUCAGCGAGUUGCAGAAGAUCAUCGUCCAGGACGACGAGGAAGACUACUUCCGCGAGCUGGAGGUGGAGCGGCUGCGCAGGCGUGUACAGAUGGCCUCCUUCCAGUACGGCACGAGCUGCACAUACUGACUUCAAGCCAGCGAGCAGCCUGUUACAGGAGAAACCUCGUCAUCUAGGGAGCAGUCUCACCCUAACACAUUUCCAUAUGCCAUCACUGAGCUGGAUUAUUGCACAGCGGCGUCUGAUGACCACAUUUCUACAAAAUGUGUCCCGUAGAAGCCAGAGUAAAGGAAUCUCGAAUUGGGACAAAUGGCAAAAAAUCGGUCACGUUUCCAUCAAGACAUUUUCACUAUAACAUUAUGCAUCACCAUAUUUCGUUCGGACGGUAGAAGAAAUGGAUUCCGCUCAUGAUUUAAUUUAACGUCUAUGAAAAUAACAAGGAAAAGGAGGACUUAUAAGGGCCAAGCUGUGGCUUGUUACUGAAAGUGAUCUGUUUUUUAACGGCAGAUGGGAUGUCAUUUAUUGCAAUAUCGGAUGCACAAUUUAGGGGAUGUGACAAUAUAUAGAAUCUAUAAGAAUUAGAUUUUCCAAUAUGCAACCAAUUGAGGAUUAUAUCUACAAAAAUUAUAUAUAUAUAUAUAUAGAAAGAAUUACUACAUUGCAAUAUAUAUAGAGAUAAAAUGCCUUAAGUCUAAAUGCCUUAGCUGUGUUAUUCGGGGAUUUUCCCCCCACUCAUACUCUCAUAUGCCGGAAACUGUGAUUGUAAUUCAAACUAAGCGUCAUACAUUAACAAAGAAAACAGCGUUCCACUCCUAAUGAGAUGAUCACAGUGGCAUCAAUAUGAUUUGCAUAGCAUGUAGUUUCUCUACAUAGCUAAUAACGACAUGGUCUUCAUCAUUUACUCGAGCGGGCGAAAACCUCUGCGUGAUCUACAAAUCGAGAUUUCCUCUCAUUACUUAUGAAGCACUAAAUCAUCUCAAAGUUCCUCGUGCCAGUCCUGAGGUCUGAGAUUUCCCUAAUUAUCUACUCUCACAACACAACACAUCCUUUAUAGCUCCCAUUCAACAGCGUCGAGUUUCUCAUCAUGACGGUUCCUUCUCUCGCUGCGUUUUGUUCUCAAAAUUCCAAUCGAUUUGAAAUAGCUGCUAUUGUUUCUUACCGGGAACUUUAAAACCGCUGGUCGCAUGACACACAAGCGAGUGUAUAUGCAGGGUUACUGUACCGUUUAAUACGAAAUGAUGUUUUCUGAUGUUUAAAUCAGACCAGCUUCAUGUAGCUUCUGAGGUAUAUUGACGAAAAGAAACCGCGAUCCGUUCAAGAAAACACGUUGCAUGCGGACACCGAACCACUGGACGUCCUCUCGAGAACGGUUCUGUAUGACGAGUCCUCCACCUCAAACACACUGAACCCUUUACUUGCUGCUAACACAGAGUCUUCCUCCAUCACUAAACUGCUGAUGCAAGUCUAAAUGAACCUGUUUUUAUGUUGUUGAUAGAAAAGAAGUGAUCGUGCACCUUUCCACCCCGACGUGGACCGCCGACUAUUACGUGGCUGUUAAUGAUGGGUUUUUUUUAUUAUUAUUAUUAUUUCUCAUUGCUGGAUCAGUCUUCCUAAGUGUGUGAAAUCUGUUUGUCAUAAGUUAAAUAUUUAUUAAAUUGCACAAACUGAUUUUGGCUCCAUUUCCGUGCUGCAUGAUUUCUGGCUUACGCUGUUAAUAUUAACGUAUUCGUAAGAGUCAUUACCCAUGAUGUGAUGUACACACAAUGUAUACACUGACCAAGCAUAACAUUAUGACCACCUGCCUAAUAUUGUGUUGCUGCCAGAACAGCCCUG